AUGGGUCAAUCACAUUCCAAGGGCGGCUCUAGCUCCGGCGACCCAUUGCAGUCGUACCCUUCCUUCACUCGUUCGGACACCCAAGAGUCUCGACGCUCCCUUCGCGGCUCGAUUCGGUCCAAGAUUAGGAGUAGCGAUAGUCCUCGCGCGUCUCUCACGGGGUUGUCUCGGACGGAUAGCCAGACAGACAAGUCGGAUACAGGGUCAGUGAAGUCGGCAAAGUCGGCCAAGUCGACUGGAAGUCGACGCGAUUCCAACCCUCAGAGCCCGGGAUCGGAGGAUGCCGGUGCCCAGUCCGAUGUUCCCGACCCCCCGCCGUCACCUUCGAUGUCCAACAGUCUGAAAAAGGGCCACAAGGACGUGAACGAGAUGCAGGCGAGUGGGGAGGUCGAUCAUGUUUCGGAUGUACCCCCGACCGGUGGCGCUCCGGAGAAGGAGAAACCGAAGGCCGUCGAAUCGAUCCUUAUCAAGCGCGAUAACCAGCUCAACCCUAUCUUGGAUUUCAUCAUGAAUGCUCCCUUGGAGACUAGUGGGUCGCCUGGAAUGGGAAUGGGGGCUCUGAAGUCCAUUGACCUGGACGACAUGAUCUCGCGCCUGCUGGAUGCCGGCUACUCGACCAAGGUCACCAAGACUGUCUGCCUGAAAAAUGCAGAGAUCACCGCGAUUUGCGGAGCGGCUCGAGAGCUCUUCCUUUCGCAGCCGGCACUGCUGGAGCUGUCGGCUCCGGUGAAGAUCGUUGGUGACGUGCACGGUCAAUAUACCGAUCUUAUCCGACUGUUCGAGAUGUGCGGCUUCCCUCCGAACUCAAACUAUCUCUUCCUAGGUGACUAUGUCGACCGUGGGAAGCAGAGCUUGGAAACCAUCUUGCUGCUUCUGUGCUAUAAGCUCAAGUACCCAGAGAACUUCUUCCUCUUGCGAGGCAACCACGAAUGCGCCAACGUCACCCGUGUGUAUGGGUUCUAUGAUGAGUGUAAGCGCCGUUGCAACAUCAAGGUCUGGAAGACCUUCAUAGACACCUUCAACUGCCUCCCCAUUGCUUCCAUCGUUGCUGGAAAGAUCUUCUGUGUCCACGGCGGUCUGUCCCCUAGUCUGUCGCACAUGGACGAUAUCCGAGGCAUCGCUCGUCCCACUGACGUGCCGGAUUAUGGGUUGCUCAACGAUCUUCUCUGGAGUGAUCCGGCAGAUAUGGAGGAAGAUUGGGAACCCAACGAGCGUGGAGUUAGUUACUGUUUCGGCAAGCAGGUUAUUAUGAAUUUCUUGCAGCGUCACGAUUUCGAUCUGGUUUGCCGUGCUCAUAUGGUUGUCGAGGACGGGUAUGAAUUCUAUCAGGAUCGGGUUCUGGUCACGGUUUUCUCUGCUCCUAACUACUGCGGUGAAUUCGAUAACUGGGGUGCGAUCAUGUCGGUUUCCGGUGAGCUGCUCUGUAGCUUCGAACUCUUGAAACCCUUGGAUUCGGCUGCCUUGAAAAAUCAUAUCAAGAAGGGCCGGAACAAGCGGAACAGUAUCUUGAGUAGUCCUCCUGCGCCUGUAUCAGCCCAAAGUUACUAA